CUUACUAUCAAGUCUAACUAUAAAACUGAAAUAGACAAAGGAGUGUUUAUUUAGACCACCUUACAUGUAAUGUGAAAAAUGAGAAAAGAUAACAACUCAGUUAUAUAAGUAGUUUGCCUUGGAGAAGACUUGUACAGGAUAUUCCUUCAUCAUACAAUGAGCAGCGGCAACGAAAAUACAGUAGACUAUACCCAUUUGGGUCGAUCUGGCCUCGUCGUUUCCAAUUUAUGCCUCGGAACAAUGACGUUUGGUAAAAAUGAAGAGUCUUAUUCAGCCAUUUAUACAAGUCCAACACAGACGGAUGAAGAAAAUUCACACAAAAUUUUAGACAGAUUUAUACAACUUGGAGGUAACAUGAUUGAUACGUCAAACUUAUAUUCCCAUGGAAAAUCAGAAGAGACAAUUGGACAAUGGUUAUGCAGAAAAAAUCGUUCAAACAUUGUCCUUGCAACAAAAGUACGUGCACCUGUUGGACCAGGACCGAAUGAUAGUGGACUCAGCAGACGACACAUUAUACAUAGCUGUCAUGAAAGUCUACGACGAUUACAGACAAACUAUAUAGAUUUAUAUCAGAUGCAUGCUUGGGAUGAUUCUGUCCCUCUUGAGGAAACAUUGCGAACGUUUGACGAUCUUAUCCGAGGAGGAAAAGUAAGGUAUAUUGGUGCCAGCAAUCUUAAAGGUUGGCAGUUACAGAAAAUGAUGGACAUGUCUAAAUAUGUGGGGUUACCAUCUGUCAUAACUUUACAGCAACAAUAUAAUUUACUCCGGAGAGAAUCAGAAAAUGAUGAAUUCGAAGUCUGCAACAACGAAGGAGUCGGUGUUUUACCGUUUGGCGCAUUAAAAGGUGGAUUACUCAGUGGGAAAUACAAAAAACAGAAUGGUAAUUUUGCUGUAACAUCAGGACGUUUGUCACAUGCCAGUUCCAUAGGCUAUAAAAGUACACAAUCAUGUCCAUCCCUACAUAGUUAUGAAAACGACGAUUCUUAUUGGAAAUUGAUGGCAGCUAUGACAAAAAUGGCAGAAAGUCAUGGGAAAACUGUGAGUCAGAUAGCAUUGAGAUGGGUCCUGCAAAAGAACAUCGUGGCGUCAGUUAUAAUAGGUGCCACUAGUAUACAACAGUUAGAAGAGAAUAUGGCAUCUGGCAGUGGAUGGCGAUUAUCACAUGAUGAAAUGAUUGAAUUGGACACAUUAUCGCCAAGAAGUAAUCAUUUUGUACAGAAUCAAGGGGACAUAUGGAAAUCUAAAGCUAGGAUAAUGUUUCCAAAUACUGUAGUAUAUAGUUCCUAAGUUAACACUUAGAAAAUAGAAUACCAAAUACAUAUUUCUUAAUAUAUCGUGUAUUUUCAUAUUACAUUAUUACACAAUCAUUUGAUACCAGUUAUUGGUCAGUAGAUUAUCUAUUGAUAACAAUUAUAGUACAUGCUGUUAUGUUUUCAAGUAAUGUUAUCAUAUUUUACCACAGGUCUACAAUACAUUGUAUUUGAGCCCCGCUGAAAAAUAUUCGAUUCGCUAUAUUUCAUUGUAAAAUAUGCAUAUUAACCUUAUGCACUCAAAAAAUUAUAAGCUAGUUAUCUUGCAAUUGUCAACGAUCGUGAAAGGUAUAAGCAAUAAUAGAUCGUUGAAGAAUUUCAUUGGACAAUUUCAUCAACUUUUGUAAAUAAAAUUGCAUUUUGUAUAACAGAUUUAAAACAUUUACAUAUAGACAGAUACAAAUUGUGAAAUUUAUUAUUGAAUUUUGACAGUAAUACGAGAAACUGUCCCUAAUUCAUCAAUUAAUGAAUGGUUAAAAACGAACUAUUGUACAGUAUCUGUAAUUGGUUAAUAAUGGACUAACGUCCAG